CUGCAUUAUUGUUUAUACUUGCCGCGCGCUAAUACUAAAUGUACUAGGAUCUCCUUGAAACUGAUAACUUCUAUAUUUAUAUGUUUACUAAAUGUUAAAAUCCAUUUGCUGUUCGACCGGCGUACAGUGUGCGUUUUUGAUUCGAUACCGGUGGUUCUGAUCGAAACUAUUCGUCUUAUCAAUUAUUCGUCGGAAGGAAGUUCUUACUAAUUAAUAAAAUGGUAAAUGAACGGGGCAAGUUCCAAUUCGCAAUUGAUAGAGGAGGUACAUUCACGGACGUUUUUGCUCGAUGUCCAGAUGGGAGAAUCAGAGUCCUCAAACUGCUCUCAGAAGAUCCGCAGCACUACGAGGAUGCGCCGACCGAGGGAAUCCGUAGGAUCCUCAAAGAGGAAUCACCGCAAGCAAUCAACGAAGACGAUAAAAUAGAUGAAUCGUACAUAGAGUCCAUUCGGAUGGGAACGACUGUUGCCACCAACGCAUUGCUCGAGAGGAAAGGCGAACGGAUGGUAUUCGUGACAAAUAAAGGUUUCAAAGAUAUUUUAUUAAUUGGAAAUCAAGCAAGACCAAAUAUCUUCGAUUUGAAUAUCAGAAGACCUGAACUUUUGUACGAGGAAGUCGUUGAAGUUGAUUGUAGGGUCAUUCCAGCUCUAGAAAAUGUAUGUGAAUUGGGUGCUUUGUCGAAAAAAUGGCGCAUCGCCAUUGGUCAGACCGGUCAAACAUUCUACGUAACCCAAGAAUUAGAUUUGAACAAAGUAGCGUUUGAACUAUUGAAAAUUAGGCAAACUGGCAUUGAUAGUAUAGCGAUUGCUUUAGCUCAUAGUUAUUCCUUCGCCGAGCACGAACUUGCCAUUGGUGAUAUAGCUCACUCAAUAGGCUUCAGCCAAGUCUCCCUUUCGCAUGUAGUGAUGCCGAUGAUGCGUCUAGUUCCACGUGCGUUCACCGCCUGCUCUGAUGCCUAUUUGACGCCUCACGUUAAACGAUAUUUGGAAGGAUUUGCAAAAGGCUUUGAUAAUUCUUUACUCAAUACCCGCGUCUUAUUUAUGAAGAGCGAUGGUGGUUUAACUGCAAUGAGUGAAUUUAAUGGAUCGAAAGCUGUUCUCUCUGGUCCAGCCGGUGGUGUUGUCGGAUAUGCAAAGACUACCUGGAAGAAAGAAACGAAUCUUCCAGUGAUCGGUUUCGACAUGGGUGGAACAUCAACUGAUGUUUCGCGGUAUGCUGGCAACUACGAACAUGUAUAUGAAAGUACCACCGCUGGAAUUACGAUCCAAGCACCACAGUUGGAUGUAAAUACAGUUGCCGCAGGCGGAGGAUCUAUGCUUUUCUAUAGGUCUGGAUUGUUCGUUGUUGGACCGGAAUCUGCUGGAGCUAAUCCCGGUCCUGCUUGCUAUCAGAAAGGCGGUCCAUUAACUGUUACUGAUGCCAACUUAGCGUUGGGUCGUUUAUUGCCCGAGUAUUUUCCAAAAAUAUUCGGACCCAAAGAAAAUGAAUCUCUAGAUAAGGAUAUUACAUUAUCUAAAUUUGGAGAUAUGGUGUUCGACAUGGAAGUACCGAGAAAGGUGGAAGAGAUUGCAAUGGGAUUCAUUCGAGUUGCUAAUGAAGCAAUGUGUAGACCGAUUCGAGCUUUGACUCAAGCCAGAGGUUAUGAUACAGCAGGACAUGCAUUGGCUUGUUUUGGUGGUGCAGGAGGACAGCAUGCUUGCGCGAUUGCAAGAUCCCUGGGAAUGUCGACAGUUUUCAUUCAUAAAUAUGCAGGAAUUCUUUCUGCAUACGGCAUCGCUUUAGCCGAUGUAGUGUACGAACUUCAAGAACCGACUUUAAAACUUUACGAACCCGCUAAUUUCGAUUACUUUGAUACAAAACUGAAGGAGCUGGAGAAAAAAUGCUUAAAAGCAUUAAGAUUGCAGGGCUACAACUCUAAUCGAAUUGUAUUCGAACGAUAUUUGCAUAUGAGGUACGAUGGUACCGAUUGCGCUUUGAUGUGUUCGCCUCAAUCGAGUACUAAUAAUGCGACUCAGCACGGUGAUUUUAUGGCCACAUUCGUGGAACGCUACCAAACCGAAUUCGGUUUUAAAAUUGAUUGCGAUGUUGUGGUAGAUGAUAUCAUGGUGAAGGUAAUAGGCAAGACUUCCAUAUGUGAAGAAGUGGAAUUACCGGAAAGCGAAAAUACACCUCCGGUCCAUGAAAAGACUACAAAAGUUUACUUCGAAGGUGGCUACAAGGAAACCAAAGUAUUCUUGCUGAGUAAAUUGAUGCGCAAUAAUAAAAUCGAAGGGCCUGCCAUCAUCAUGGAUAACCUUAGUACCAUCCUGGUAGAACCUGCUUGCACUGCUACCAUAACGAAAUAUGGCGAUAUCAAGAUCAUGAUCGGCACUGGGAAGAUGAAGGAAAUCAGCGAAGAGCUGGAUUCUAUUCAGCUCAGUAUAUUUAGCCACAGAUUUAUGAGUAUAGCCGAACAAAUGGGACGAAUUCUACAGCGGACUGCUAAAUCGACCAACAUAAAGGAACGCUUGGACUUCUCGUGCGCAUUGUUCGGCCCCGACGGUGGCUUGGUUUCGAAUGCUCCUCACAUACCUGUGCAUUUAGGCUCAAUGCAGGAGGCAGUCCAGUAUCAAUUGAAAACCCGCACGGAUAUAAAGGAGGGUGAUGUGAUUUUGUCCAAUCAUCCGGCAGCAGGUGGUUCGCAUUUACCAGACUUCACAGUGAUAACGCCAGUUUUUCACGAAUCGACGAAGAACCCAAUUUUCUUUGUUGCGAGCCGUGGCCAUCAUGCAGAUAUCGGUGGUAUAACGCCAGGUUCGAUGCCACCCCAUUCAACUAGUUUAGAUCAAGAGGGUGCGGCUUUUAAAAGUUUCAUCAUUGUUAAGAAAGGAACAUUCCAAGAAACCGAAUUUACCAAAGAAAUAUUAAAGGCGGGAGGAAGAAAUUUGCAAGAUAAUUUGAGCGAUCUACGGGCUCAAGUGGCGGCAAAUCAAAAGGGCAUUCAAUUAGUUAAGGAAUUGAUCGGCCAGUAUGGAUUAAAGGUGGUCCAAGCGUACAUGAAACAUAUUCAGAGCAAUGCUGAACUGUCCGUCAGGGAUAUGCUACGAAAUGCUGCCAAAGAUGCCCGUAGACAAUGCCGCGAUGUGGAGGCCGAAGAAUUUAUGGAUGAUGGAACGAUAAUCAAGUUGAAAGUGAAAUUGGACGGGGAGACCGGUUCAGCAAUUUGUGAUUUCACUGGAAGCGGUUUGGAGGUCUGGGGUAACUGCAACGCUCCGAGGGCCAUAACAUUAUCCGCGAUUAUCUAUUGUCUCAGAUGCAUGAUCGGACACGAUGUACCUCUCAAUCAGGGAUGCCUGACGCCUGUUGAAAUUAUUGUGCCGAAAGGAUCGAUACUGGAUCCAAGCGAAGGAGCCGCUGUGGUCGGCGGUAACGUGCUCACAUCCCAGCGAAUUGUAGAUGUCGUGCUGAAAGCUUUUCAGGUGUGCGCCGCCUCGCAAGGGUGCAUGAAUAACAUUACUUUCGGCAAUGAAAGGUGGGGUAAUUACGAGACCGUCGCCGGAGGGAGCGGAGCCGGUCCAAACUGGAACGGCGUUUCCGGUGUUCACACCCACAUGACCAACACUAGGAUUACGGACAUCGAGCUAUUGGAGUUGCGCUAUCCCAUCUACGUGAUGAAAUUCAAAAUACGCGAAGGAUCUGGCGGCGCCGGUCGUUACCGUGGAGGAGAUGGGGUCGAGAGGGAACUAAUGUUCCGCACGCCGGUCACCCUGUCCGUUCUCACCGAACGUCGUGUGCUACAACCGUACGGCCUCAAAGGUGGUCAGCCAGGCGCUAGGGGAGUCAAUACGCUGAAGAGGGCUAACGGACGGAUGAUUAAUUUAGGGUCCAAAACCGCGAUUAAUGUGCAGCCGGGGGAUAUAUUCGAGAUACUUACACCAGGCGGAGGAGGAUACGGGGUACCAGGAUCAAAAACUAUUAAAAUUGAAGAUUUACCCAUAACUAAAUCGUAUGUCGAGAGAGGUAGUCUCUACACAUUCAAGCUAAACCAGGAAAGCGUCUAAUUUUUCGCUCAAAUAUUCUUUAAUUUGAUGCAAAUUUAUUGUAUAAUUUGCUAUAUUCUAUUAAUGAUUACA